GGAACUUAGCAAAGCAAAAGCCACUCAACCACUUACGGGAGCUUGGAACAGAGAAAAUAUGUGACCCGCUCCUGGACCCUUGGACGUACUCAGGGCCCGAAGACCUCAGCCUUGGAACAUGGCAUGUCCUGAGCACCCUGGGAGCCCUGGCUGGACAGGACCUGUAACCCAGUGUGCUGCUAAGACCAAGCAGGAAGCACCCACCUCGGACCCAGAUCUCCCAAGCCCAGGACCUAGAGAACACUCAGGUGCCCACCCCAGUCCGAGCUCCAACUCCAGCAUGACCACCCGGGAGCUGCAGGAGUACUGGAAGAAGGAGAAGUGCCGCUGGAAGCACGUCAAGCUGCUCUUUGAGAUCGCCUCAGCCCGCAUCGAGGAGCGAAAGGUCUCCAAGUUUGUGAUGUACCAGAUCGUGGUCAUCCAGACGGGGAGCUUCGACAGCAACAAGGCUGUCCUGGAUCGGCGCUACUCGGACUUCGAGAGGCUGCACAAGAGCCUGCUGAAGACGUUCCGGGAGGAGAUGGAGGACGUGGUGUUCCCCCGGAAGCGCCUGACGGGGAACUUCUCGCAGGAGAUGAUCUGCGAGCGCCAGCUGGAGCUCAAGGAGUACCUGGGGCUGCUCUACGCGCUGCGCUGCGUGCGCCGCUCGCGCGAGUUCGCCGACUUCCUCACGCGGCCCGAGCUGCGCGAGGCCUUCGGGUGCCUGCGCGCCGGCCAGUACGCGCGCGCGCUCGAGCUGCUGGUGCGCGUGGUGCCGCUGCAGGAGAAGCUCACGGCCCACUGCCCCACGGCCGCCGUCCCCGCGCUCUGCGCCAUGCUCGUGUGCCACCGCGACCUGGAGCGCCCCGCCGAGGCCUUCGCCGCCGGGGAGCGGGCCCUGCGGUGCCUGCAGGCCCGGGAGGGCCAUCGCUACUAUGCGCCCCUGCUGGACGCCAUGAUCCGCCUGGCCUACGUGCUGGGCAAGGACUUCGUGUCCCUGCAGGGCAGGCUGGAGGAGAGCCAGCUCCGGAAGCCCACCCACCGGGGCUUCACCCUCAAGGAGCUCACGGUGCGGGAGUAUCUGUCCUGAGCCAGCCGGGCACCUGGCAGGGAGACUAGGGGCCACCGUGGCUCCGGUGGGCCGCGCGGGCAGCGUUUUUCACGGGAGGACCUGUUGGGAGCUGUGAGUUGCUGGGUGACGUUGGGCAAGUCCCUCUGAUCUGUAUGGAACGAGGUGCUCCUGGGACCCCCUGUGUUUCUAGCUUAGGUCCCCUGAUGUCAGGCUCCCUUCAUCUCCAAACCACAAAACUAGCUGCAAAAAAUGUUGGAGAGUGCUGUGGACCUUACUGAUGUUUUUGUGGGAAGCAGGAGGAGAGGUUUGCAUCACGAAUCAUGGACUAAGCGCAGGUAAUUUCCUGGCAGAGGGCUCUCCAGCUCCCCUGGGUCUUUUUUUGCUGCUCUUAUGCUUAUAAGUAGACCCACCCAGCCGGGUGUGGAAGCCCCCCCAAAAGGGCUGGGGAUGUGCCUCAGUUUCCAAGUGCCCCUGGGUUCAAUCUGCAAGACCAAAAAAAAAAAGACCCACCCAUUAUCCUAAUAUUCUUGCUCUUCCCCUUAGCAUGCAGACCUCACUCGGCAAAUCAAAGGCUCUCCUAUUGUCCCUUCAGGACAGCCUCUCCCCCUGCAGAGCCCCCAGGGUGAAGGUUGUACACCCGUCUUUGAAGGGUGGCAGGAGGAUACUGGGCCAGAAAGCUAUCAUAUCAUAAGAUUCUAUGACGGGCAUUUUUAGAAAGGGAAGUUCCAGAGACCUCUCUGACUAGGAUGCUAGAACACAUUGCCUGGAGUUGUAGUUUCACUCAUAUGGCCGAUGUUACCUGAAUGGCAUCCCCAGAUAUGUGGAUGUAGCCCUGGAAGGAGGGGGAAUAAGAACAUUCAGUGGGGCCUCUGGAUGGAAAACAGACUGAAUUCUCAACAGCUCUCCAUUUGAGGUACAGAGUUCCUGGAACCUCUCUGAUAGUGUGGGGCCUACUGUCAGGAAAGGACUACUGAGGCCUACGAUCAGGAAAGGACUCACACCAUGGACACCAGAGUGGGGUGGAGAGCCAGCACCAAUGACCUGAGCUAACGGUACAGGCUGAAUUGGGCCAAUGUGUAUCUGAGCCUGGAAGCCCCUGAAGACCUAAACUAAACUCUCUGGCCAAAAUUUGGAAACCUUAAUGUUGGGCACUACUUUGGCCAGGGUGGGAUAUGGCCCAGGUCAAGGUAGCAGUGGACAAGCAUUCACUAAACUACACCAGAGUCUGUUCAACAGCGACACCUUGUGGCAACCACUGUGUGGCCCAAUCCCGGCUCUUUCCUGAGGGUGAGAAUAAAACACAGACAGCUUUGGACAAAGAAAACCCUCCUGUCUCUCUGUUUACUCCAGGAGAAGGACCCUGGAAGCAGGAAUAUGUUGGACUUCUUGAAAGCCAGGGCAUAUGGGAAACUAGAGUGUUAAAUGAAAAAAAUAAAAGUCGUGACUCUGCUAUUAUGAAGA